AUGGGCAUCCUCCUACAACCUCUCGUUGACUACCAUCCAUGGAACCAGCUUGGAACCUUGACGACACUAUUACUCGCUUCUCUCGGUGCUGUAGGACUUUUGGCUUGGCAUUUCCGCGAAGAUAAGCCGUACGCGGGCUUCAAAUUGAUCGGCAAAGAACGAGGAGAAUGGUCAUAUGAGAAGGCGAGAGAAAGAUGGAACAACAACGCCUUCGAGCUCUUGCGGGCAGGAUUCAAAGAAACACACGGCCGGCCAUUUCAGGUGAUAUCCCCGUUUGGUCCCUUGGUGAUGCUACCUCCGAGUCUAUGCGACGAAGUUCGGAAUGACAAACGCUUAACAUUCACCGGGUUCAUCGACCGACAAUGGCUCACGCGGUAUCCCGGCUUGGAUAUCCUGCAAGAUGGGCUUAGGGGAGAAAUCAUACAAGAAGCCAUGCGGAAGAACCUCAACCAAGAACUGAUGUACUUGACGGAGCGACUCCGCGAAGAGGCGUCUCUCAUCCUCAGAGAACAACUCCCGUCAAGCAAAGAAUGGCAAGAAGUCAAAUUCUUUCCCGUGGCCACUCAACUUGCUGCACGCUUAUCUGCAAAGAUCCUCCUCGGGGAUCGUCUCUGUCGCGACAAAGAGUGGAUAGCAGUCUCCAUCAACUUCACCGGUGUCAUUCUCCGCGCAGGCCGAGCUCUGCGCGCCUGGCCUGUUCUUCUCCGCCCACUGGUGCAUCGCUUCGUGCCGACGCUGAAGUACCUGCGAAGUCAAAUCACGCAGGCACGAAAGAUUAUGGAGCCGGAGCUUGCGGCGCGAAGGCUCGCGAGGGAUAAGAAGGAAAGACCUAUGGAUUCAUUGUCGUGGAUUGACGAUGUUCGGCGCGGACGAGAGUUUGAUGUCGUCGCUGGGCAGCUAUUUCUCACAUUUGCGGCGAUUCACACGACGUCUUCUGUGGUGACUGCCAUAUUGUAUGAUUUACUGGCGUAUCCAGAGUAUUUCACUCUGCUGAGAGAAGAGAUUGUCAAGGUGUUUACCGAAGAUAGGGGUUGGAGCAAGAACAGUCUGUUCAAGUUGAAGUUGAUGGACAGCUGUAUGAAAGAGAGCCAGCGAUUGCACAUAUUGGGUCCUCAUAUCAUGAACCGCAGAGUCGAAGAGGCCAUGACCCUCUCUGACGGAACCCACCUCCCAAAGGGCACCUUGAUCACCGUAGCCACACACAACACCCGCGAUACAGCACUCUGGGGACCCGAGCCCGAAAAGUUCGACGGCCACAGGUUCCUGCGUAUGCGUGAAGAGCCGGGGCAGGAGAACCGGUGGCAGUUUGUCUCGACGAGUCCAGAGUUCCUCGCCUUUGGCCAUGGAACGCACGCGUGCCCGGGACGAUUCUUUGCCAGCAACGAGAUGAAGAUUGUGUUGGCGCAUCUAAUCAUGUACUACGAUUGGAGGAUUGUGGAAGGAAAGCCCCCGGCAAGCAUGUUCGUCAGUCGCUUUGUGCCGGAUCCCAGGACGGUUAUUGGGUGCAGGGCGAGGACCCCAGAGAUUGAGCUGUGA